AUGUGUCCGAACACCUACCUCAACCACACCAUUGCUCAAGAGCUGAGUAGUCUGCCCGCGCAAGAUGUGCGAGACGCUUUGAUUGACACGUACUUCAACGACAUCCACCCUGGCUUCCCCAUCAUAGACCAAGAGCAUUUCCGCAAGCAAUAUGCGGACGUGGAGAACCCUCCGCCUCUGAUUCUCUUACAUAGUAUGCUUCUGGCUGCAGCGAGGAUCAGUGACCAUCCAAAAGUCGUGAGAUCUAGAGGAGCAGUUACCGCCACACUCUUUACGCGUGCAAAGACACUCUUCAACCUGAGAUACGAAAAUGACCGCGUGCAUCUGGUCCAGUCGGCUCUGCUACUCGCGUGGUACGACGAGUCUUCAGAUACUGUCAGUGCUGGC